CACUCAUCGUUCCCCAAUCGCCAUAAAGAUAAGGACGCGCCGUCUGGUGAGUGCAAUUCACCGUCCAGUGACCGACUAGCUUUCCCUUUCCCCGGCGGAGAAUUUCAUAUUGGCAAAGUAAACGGGCAAAAAGAUUGAAGCAGUGAAGCAGAGCCUCGGAUUCAUCCUUGUUUGCUCCGUUCAGUAGAAUCAGAGACCGCCAUGGAAGUUCUGCUAUGUCCGGAGCCUUCUCUCUCGAUUCGGAUCGCUGUACCUUGCCUCCUCAACCGUUUGAAUAUUCGAAGCUCUCUGCGAUUUCCCGCUGAAAUUGGAGGUCGUUGGAUCGCCCGAGCUCGCCUGCCGGCUGUGAAAGCUGUUAUAGACUCGGCGACGCUGGAUCAAUUAGGAAUGACGGAAUCCGAGAUUAGGAAUCCCGCGGUUUCUUCGACGUAUCGGAGUUCGAAGUUGCCGAAGCCGAAUCUGACUGUGCUGGAAGCGCAAGCUAGGGUUUGCACCGGACCUGAAAUGACGAAGCCGCUUAGCGAGGAGCAAGCUUUCAAAGUUUUCGAUACCAUUUUAAGAUCAGUGAGGGGUGAGCUCAAAGACGAAGACAGAGUUUCCAGAGCACAGCUAGGGGCUUUCUUUGCUGGAAUGACGAUACGUGCGAAUGCCUUCCCUGAAGCUACUCAGUGGAGUGAAGGAGAAAAGCGUGCAAUUGGCACGUUUUGGCCCCAGCUGGUCCGAGCUUUACCACCUGAUGUGGUCUUCAUUGCUGAUCCUGAGGGCUCUAUAAUGGGGAGUUCGAUAGGGCCGCAGUUUGUUGGCAAUGAUACGACUGAGAUGAGAUUGGUUGGUGCACUUAGGGAGGUAUUAGCUGGGGGCCAUCUCGGGUACGAGGAGGUCCAAGGUGUGCUGAGAGAUGUUCUUCCCUUAAAUGUUGAAGAAGAUGGCAAAGACAGUUCGAAAGAGUCGUUGGUUUCGGCAUUCCUAAUUGGUCAGCGGGUGAACAGGGAGACAGAUCGUGAAUUGAAAGCAUAUUGUCUUGCUUUUGAUGAUGAACUGGUUGGGUAUUAGGUCCUCCUCCAGUUGCUGAUGUUAGAUCAUUGACCCAUUAUGGUGAACCUUAUGAUGGAAACACACGUUUCUUCCGGAGCACGUUGUUUGUUGCUGCUAUUAGAUCCUGUUACGGUGAAUCUUCAUUGCUUCAUGGUGUGGACUGGAUGCCACCUAAGGGAGGCAUAACUGAAGAACAAAUGCUGAAGUUCAUGGGUGCAAAUACACACCUCACCCCGUUGCAGGCCAAAGAUCUUCUUGAGGAUAAGGAUCUUGGUUUUGCCUACUUAAGUCAGCGUGAGGCUCGCCCAUCCCUAUAUUCAUUAAUUCAGGUGAGGGAGCACAUAAAGAAGCGUCCCCCGCUGGCAACCACAGAAAAGGUUCAACAAUUAGUAAGGGCCAGCGGAAGAGAAGCAGUUGUUGCUGGAUUCUAUCAUGAAGGCUAUGAGGAGCCGCUUUUGAUGCUUAUGAGAAGAAGAGGUGUACAUUCCGGUUUGGUGGUGAAGGGAGAGGAAGGCGCACUCUCUAUGACAACAAGACUGAAGUCAGGAAAUGCCUCAAAAGGACUUCCAGUCAACUACUGCUCAGGAUUUCGCUCAUCUACUACAGCAUCUGCUCUUGAAGUCGACGGUUUGCCUCUUUUGUCUUGAAUCUUGAUCCAUCUCCUGGAACUUUCCUUUCAAACGAGCCUCUUGCCAUAGGUUUUGUUCAUUCGCCACGUUAUUCUCCCUGGCAGGUGUCUCACGUCAGAGCUUCAGCAUUGUGGUCGACGCCAAGGAUUAUGGCUUUCAAUCCACCGAUACUCCAAGAACAGAUAGAUCAGUUUCCAAGAACAUAGAGCUGGGUCUGGCAGCUCUUCAUGGCCAAAAGGGACCUGCAUAUGAUCGUAUCGUACUAAAUGCAGGAAUGAUCGAUCACUUGCUGGGAUGUGAUGGUGCAGAAGAUGUACAUUCAGCCCUAGAUAGGGCCAGAGAAGCCAUCGAUAGUGGUCGAGCGCUCAAAAGGUUCCUAAAUUAUAUCAAGGCCAGUAAUAAGAUGAAGUGAAUGAGCUCUUUCAUUAGCCUUUCGACCGGUGUAACAUAUUACCUUCUUUCUCGUCCUAGAUCAGAGUUUGAAAGGGAAAAUCCACAGUUACAUGCAAUUUAUAGAACAUUUUCGUAGAAUCACAAGAACAUCGAAGUUUGGAGCAAAUAGAUGUUUAUAAAGUUCUUCCAGCUUUUAUUCAUUGCACUCCUAUUAUUCAUUAAUCAUUAUACAUGAGAAAUAUUUAAGGCAAACA